AUGGCGUCAUCUGCUUUAGCCUCUCCUCUCUGUACGUGGCUUGUGACUACCUGCGCUUCCGUUGCUUUUGAGAAAGACCAGCUUCCUAGUUCCUCUAUGUUUCACUCUCCAAAGAGACUGAGCCAACGGUAUUUGAGGACGUUCUGGAAAGUUGAUAGUAUGCUAUAUGUUGUUGAAUCUAACUUCUGGCAUAAAUGCUUACCAAACUUCAAGCCUAGGGACUAUUUUGCUACAGUUUCAGGCAAUACUCUGGCAGUGGCCUUGAGUCCUGCAAAUGGGGUCAUCACAGAGGAGAAACAACUUGUAAAGCAGCGGCGGGUUGUCGUGACCAGGAUGGGUGUGGUAACCCCUAUUGGUGACAAUCCAGAUGUCUUCUACGAUAAUAUUCUUGAAGGUGUCAGUGGCAUAAGUGAGAUACAGAGUUUUGACUGUUCUCCGUUUCCAACGAUGGAUUCACCAAAACUUUCAAAGAGGGCAGACAAACUCACUCUUUACUCUCUCACUGCUGGGAAGAAAGCAUUAGCAGAUGCUGGCAUCACCGAGGAAGUUCUUGGAAACAACACUGUCAUCGAACUUACCAAAUCCAUUGCCAGUAUAGCAGAACCAAUAUUCGUUGUCCAAAAGAUUUUUCAUGAUGCAAUAGAAGCACUGAAGGUUUCCUACAGGACAAUGAAUCCUUUUUGUUUACCUUUUGCGACAACCAAUAUUGGUUCUGCUAUACUGGCAAUGGAUUUGAGAUACAAGUUUGUCUAUGAGCAGAAGCGGGAUGGGUUUGUUAUUGGAGAUGCUGGGGUUUUGCUCUUAGAAGACCAGUAG